AGUAGGCGGCGGCCGGCAGCGCAGGUGGGCCAGCGCCUCGGCUAGGCAAGAUGCCCCUGGGACUGCGGGGGAAGAAGAAGGCCAAGUCCAAGGAGACUGCCCGGCUGGUGGAGGGCGAGCACGCGGGCGCCGACGGCGGCAGCCUCCCCGCCCCGCCGGCGCCAGCGCGGCUGGCCUUCCACGCGCAGCUGGCGCACGGCAGCGCCACAGGCCGAGUGGAGGACUUCUCCAGCGUCCGGGAGCUCUACGCCAAGAUCGCCGACGUGUUCGCCAUCGCGCCGUCGGAGAUCUUGUAUUGCACUUUGAAUACACCUAAAGUUGACAUGGAAAAACUCUUAGGAGGACAUAUAGGUCUGGAAGACUUCAUAUUUGCCCAUGUGAAAGGAAUAAAAAAAGAAGUGAAUGUAUACAAAUCUGAGGAUUCACUUGGUCUAACUAUUACAGAUAAUGGUGUUGGCUAUGCUUUUAUAAAGAGAAUUAAAGAUGGGAGCAUCAUUGACUCAGUGAAGACUAUCUGUGUAGGUGAUCAUAUUGAAUCCAUAAAUGGAGAAAAUAUUGUUGGGUGGCGUCACUAUGAUGUUGCCAAGAAGUUAAAGGAAUUAAAAAAGGAAGAACUCUUCACCUUGCAGUUAAUAGAACCUAAGAAGGCAUUUGAAAUAGAGCCAAGGUCAAAAGCUGGGAAAGUGUCAGAAGAGAAAAUCGGUACUGGAAGAGGGACGCUUCGCCUGAGAUCAAAAGGUCCUGCCACGGUGGAAGAAGUGCUCUCUGAAACCAAGGCAAAGGCAAUUGAGAAGAUUGAUGAUCUCCUUGAAUUGUACAUGGGAAUUCGAGAUAUUGAUUUAGCUACCACAAUGUUUGACACGGGAGAGGACAAAGGUAAUCCAGAUGAAUUUGCUGUGGCACUGGAUGAAACUCUUGGAGACUUCGCAUUCCCAGAUGAAUUUGUCUUUAAUGUUUGGGGAGCCAUCAGUGAUGUCAAACAAGGAAGAUUGUGAUGUGGAUGAUCUGUCUGAGGAAACCAACCAUUGUUCUUUUUAAAAACAAACCCCACCAAAUCUGCUUUUAGAUGCCUUUCUCUGGUUUCUGGUUCAGUUUUAUGCAUAGAGAUAUAUUCUUUGAAAUAUAAUUUUAGUGAUUUGAUUUCUGAGUAUUUGAUACAGUUGCUUAUGUAGUGUACUUAAAUGACCUCAAAUAUCGAUUUUAAUGUUCAUUCAACAGUUUUUUUUUUUUUAAAGUAAGUUCUUAGGAGCAUUUCUAGAUAGUUGAUUUUGAUGCCCCAGCACCUAUGUUUUAUUUUCUAUAUAUAAGUACAGGGGUUGAUUGUGAUAACUUUGUUGUUGUUCUGCAAAAUCUUAAUGUAAUGGAAGUUAGGAUUGGAGUGUGUUUCACCUCAUAGCAUCUUCAUUUGUUAUAUUAGUUUGAAUAGGACAUAUUCAGGAAAUGAAAUGUGAAUUAUGUCUACCAUAAAUGGAAGCAUUUUUUAAAGAGAUUUUUGCUGUAGAGUGCACAUGGAGAGACAGAGAAAGAGACAGAGAGAA